CGGCUGUUUUUAUUAUUCAUUUUAUUUUGUGCUUACAGGAAAACACAGUAAAACAGCUGCUUAGUGAGUGUUUCUCGGUAACAUUAGCGUGUAUAAAACCUGAGCCUGGUCCCCGGGCGGCUGGGAAGGGUAGAAUAGUCCAGUAGGCAGACGGGCUGGGCUGAACCCAAAACACGCUCAGUUAGCUGAUAACUACAGAACCACCUCGCAGCUAAAAACAAUUCAAUUUAGUUCACCGGUAAACAAUGUGACCAAGCGUGGAGACCCCCUUCGGUGAGGACUCUCUGGAAAAACGCAUGACAACGAACUUUGGUCGCUGCGAGAGGCGGACUGCACCAUGGCAUCCCAGCCGAGCGGACAGAAUGAAGAGAGAAACCUUCUUCGCCGCCGAGCAUGGGAACAAAGAAUCCAAGAAACCAGCCAAACCAAAGAACAUAAUCCUGAAAAUGUGCCACUCUUUCCAGAACCGUACAAGACAAACAAAGGGGAUGAGCUCUCUGAUCGAAUCCAAAGGAUGCUGGGCAGUUACGAAGAUGUGAAUAAUCCCGUGCCUUUUUCACUUGAGGCUUUACCCAUGCCUUCCUUCUCACAGUCAGACCAGAACCAGCCAGUUGCAGAUCAGUCAAACAAAACUCUUUUCCACAAUCAGGACCUUUACAAGUCUACCCAAAGCCAGAAAAGGACAUCUAAUAGCAGUUGCUCCUCAUCCACCUCUGCCUCAUCUCCAAACCAACAAGGACAUUCAUCCAAAUUUUUUGCUACUUCUUUGACCCACAGUCAGUUCAGUCGCUCAGGACAUCAUGACAAGGAGAGUGAAGUCUUCCCAGAUCUCAGGGGGGGCAUUAGCCUUUCCCAGGAAAUGUCCGCCCCCUCUCCAGAUGCUAAGCCUCUUCCUGUCUUACAUUCCUGUGACCAAAGCAUUGACAUGGACACCAGGGACACUUUCAAUAGGCAUCAGCUCCAAGGGUCCCCAGAUAUUUCCUCAGGGUCAGCCAGCAGCGUGACGGUUUGCACACUGAACAUGAAGCUUUCACCAAUAAAUCCACCGCCACCCCACGCCAAGAGUAACAACCUGCCCUCCCAGACCUUCCCUUCACUGCUAUCAUCCAAGCAGGCGGGGAUAGUCAUGACCCAGAAGCCGACAGCCUAUGUGCGGCCCAUGGAUGGUCAGGACCAGGUGGUCCACAAAUCACCUGAGCUAAAGCCAUCACCAGAGCAUUACGCACCUUUACCGGAGCUGAUCAACAAAACUGACUGUACCAAAACAAAGAUAACGCCUAAAUUCUUGGAGUCAACAUCUGAUGAAGUUCUAUGUGUGGAAGACAUCUUGAGGGAAAUGACUCACUCAUGGCCCCCUGUGCUCACAGCUAUACAUACGCCAACCUCUGAACCAUCCCGUUCUCCAAUCCCAGCCAAGGAAGCAGAACAAGUCUCCUCUUGUUUAGAAGAAAAAAACAUUGAAUUCUCCAAUAAAGGUCUGUCUCGUUACAGCCAGCAGAUCUCCUCAAACUCCUUUGAAGCCGCACCGUCCAGUGAUGCAGAGACGACGAACUCCAGCGAGUCAGAGAGUAGCUUAGAGUCAGAUAGUGACUCUAAACCUCCAGAAAGCAAACUAGUUAAAAUUGAGCCUGAUGCUCGAUCAGCGAGCCAUCGUGAUUGGCAACUGGGAGAGUGGUUAAAGUCCCGUCAGCAGAACUCCAGCACUGAUGCUCAAACCUCCAAGCAGACCAGUGCAGACACCCGAGAGGAAUCAAAGUCCUUAUCUCGGCAAAGAGAGCUCACAGAUACCGUGGCUGUUACUCAGCAGAGAGGUGAACGCAUCCAGGACGGUUGUUUCAGCCAGAAUAAUUGCAAAAAAAGCCUCUCUGAUGGUGAGAGCCGCUGCAGCAGUUCCAGGAAGCUCUCAAAACCUUCAGCGGCAGGUUGCCCAGACCGCACUGAAACAGUGCUCAGUGUUAAGUCUGAGGAACUUUUAACCCCAGAAACAACAGAGCAACAUUUCACAGACAAUCCCAAAGUAAAGUCAAAAACAGGGCAUCACAAAAAGGACAGCACUGACAGUAAAAGAGAUUCCAGAAGGACUAAACACACUAAACAUCAUAAGAAGUCUGGAUCUGAAGUCACGUUUAUGCUCUAUGGUCACUGUCCAUCCUGUGAUGUUCAGUUUCCUAACCCCUGCUGCUGCUCAGCCCAGAGUCUUGCUCAGCCUGACCACCUGUCUUCUGUUUCUCCAGUCAGAGUCAGCUGUCCAAAAAGCAAUACAGAAACCAAGUUGCCUCAUAAACCAAUCCACAAGCACUCGCACAAGGCCCUCCAGGCAGCAAAGGGUUCGUGGGAACAUUACCAACCUCCUAAAUCCCUGCUGGUGAAGAUUGAUCUCAGUCUGCUCGCAAGAGUCCCCCAGGAGUCCAGUAAUAAAGGGAUUCCCAGCAACACAAAAAGACCAGCACUGGUCAAAGAAAAGGAUGAAGCAAGCAAAGAGUCUUCUAAAGCACACAAACCUGGAAAAACCAAUAAAAAGUCUCAAAACGUCAGGGUAGAGACUAAAAGCCCUCCCAAGAAGAAAGCCAAGUUGGAAAACAAGGAUACCUCACUAAGUCGUGCUUCUGUGAAAGUAGAGAGUUCCAACAAACCAGGCAAGGAGCAAAAGAAGGCUAAGAAAACAUCUCAGGACCCUGCAACAUCCAAAAAUUCUACUAAAGCUUCAAAGGUACCGAAUCACUGCUCUGCAAAGGUACUGGAGACCAGUAAGGAGAAAGUCAUGGAUAAGGACUCCCAGAAGCACAAGAAGAUCAAAGGAAAACACCCAAAUCCCUCCCUCCAGAAAAAGGUAAAGACCCCAAAGAGCACUCUUGGUCUGCCAUCAAUGUCACAGACCCAACGAGAAGCUGUGGGCAACAGAUCCUUGCUAAGAUUUGACAAGAGACAGUAUCCAGUGAACCAUUACAUAAAGGAGGCUAAAAAACUGAAGCACAAGGCAGAUGCUGACCCAGAUAAGCUUAGUAAAGCUUUCACCUACUUGGAAGCAGCCAUGUUCUUUGUUGAGAGCGGCAUUGCCAUGGAGAAUGAUCCCCAGAUUUCAAUGUCUUCCUAUACGAUGUUUGCAGAGACAGUGGAGCUUCUCAAAUUUGUACUGAAACUUAAAAGCCCAGUGGACUCACCUGCUGUACCCACAGAAAAGGACUUUAUAGCUUUAUGUUUGAAGUGCCAGUCUGUCCUGCAGAUGGCCAUGUUUCGCCACAAACAAAAAACUGCAAUAAAGUUUUCAAAAACUCUUACAGAUCACUUUCAUAACUUUGCUCAGGGGUCACAAAAACCACUCUCUUCAUCAAAGAUGGCAGAAAACCCAUCCCCCAGCAUGCCAUCUCCAGCCAGCACCAGCUCAGGUCCCAGUUCGAACCACAGUGGAUCCGGUAUCACUGCAGUUGGCACCACGGUGGUGAUUCCUCAAGACAUAGAACAAGUGGCCUUUUCUUAUGUCAACAUCACUACAUUAUUUCUAAGUGCUCAUGACAUCUGGGAGCAGGCAGAGGAACUGGCACUAAAAGGCAGCGGCAUGUUGGCAGAGCUGGACGCUGUCAUGGGUCCUCUGAGCCUGAUUUCAAGAAUGAGCUUCAUGAUCCGCUACAUCAGACAAGGGGUCAACUGGUUAAAGCUGGACAGCCAGAAGCUAUGAUCCUGGAGACCUACACUUAAAUGUCUCUCAGACUUAUCUGCAUGUUUAUGUCUCAGACAUCAUGACAAAGUCGAUUCCAGAGGAUUGUUUGUGAAUACCCUACUAUGGAAAAUUCAUUUAAAACUUUUUGUUUUUCUCACUGAGACAAAGACAUCUGCUCUCAUUUACAGCCUCUGUGUAUUAUUAUUUUUUUUAAUUAAUGGAAGGAAGCAAAUCAUAUUACCAAUAGUGCCAUUUUGAGGCUCUGUUAAUCUGCCCUCUUAAACAUGUGCUUGUGGUCCAAAUGUUGUGAGCCUGAUUGCUCCUUUUUCACAACUUUUGUUGGUAUUAUAAUCUCUGAAAAGACAAUAAUCAGGAAACCAUGGCACUUAAAUCGUAUUCAGGCUGUUGACCCUGCAGUUCUGUGUCUGCUAGCUUCAUGUUUUUUGUUUGAUUAUAAAACAUCAGUUUGACCUGAUAAUCUCUGUAUUCUAAGGAAGUUUGUUGCAACAGUGCAACACACAAACAUGAAUUUAUUUAGUUUAUUAUUUUUUGCUAACUUUUGUUGGGUUUUGCAUUUCCUUUAUGUGCAAUAAUCACACAUGAUGGAUAAUUUUGUGUCUUACUAGGAAGUUGAAUUGGAGGACAUUUGCCUGUAGUUUGGCCCUUGUCGGACACUGUAAGAUGCAGAAAAUAGUGUGGAUCAAUGCAGCUGGAGCUUGAAUGGUGUCGAGGUGUAAACCAACUCUUCUUUUUGUGUCUUACUUUUUUAUGCUUCUUUAAAACGUUGGUUAUGAAGCGUUAUAAAGGUUAUGUCUCCUCUGAUCUGGUUGAUGGUGAUCCUCCUGAUGUGCUGUUGCUCGUUAAGGACAGGUUCAUCAGACCAGCGCUGAAGAAGGCUGCACUUGUGCUCUCUAGAGAAAAUAAUUAUUUAUGAAGAACUUCUUGUCCUUGUUGUUGUUCCUCCUGUCGGCACAGGCUAGGAACAGGUCCUUACAGUUGAACUGUUGGAACCAGAAGAUUAAAGUUCAGCAAAAACUCGGCUUUUCUUAGUAGCUGUGUUAGUUCCUCUUGUCAAAUCACAUCUGUUGGGAUCAAAUUUUAACAAGCUUGGCAGUGCUGUUUAUAAAUCCUGCUUCUGCUCUCAGAACCAGUUUUUUCUCCAAGUUCUUGGUAUACCACCUUACUGUAAAUGAUGGACGAUUAACAUUCUCAUUCGCUUUAGUUGAACUUUAACAGAGUGUUUUGGGAUUUUGAACAGCAAACUUUCAUAAGUUGCUUUUAUAGCCUGACGGAACAAGGAAGGAUUUUUACAUCUGCUCAGACUAUCUGAUCUGUAGAGGUAAUUAUUAGUGUUGUUAUAUUUUCAUAGUGAUGGGCAUUAGUCUGCCCCCUGCUGCAGUCAUUUCCCAUUGCUUAUUUUUUGCUUUAUCCAUGCCUGUUCUCUCAUAUUCUAAGGAGCUGGAAUAUCCCACCUAACUCCAUGAGAGUUUAGGAUACAAUAUAGGAAAUAAUGCAGUUUGUUUUCAACAUUUUAGUCAUUUAACUUAAGUAUAUUAGUGUGGCAAAGACCAUGCAAAACUGGCUGGACUGUGCUUGUAUGACUCCAAGCAAUAAGACGUUUUGUUGAUAUCUGAACUUUUUAUUUAUAUACGGGGGGAGGGGUAAAUGUUUUUGGUGUGAAAUGCCAAUGGAGAAGGUCUAGACUAGUGCAGGAAGAGCACUGGGCUUUUGUCAAAAUGAAAGUGCUGAACAAGGAUCAGAAAUUGUUCCUAGCUUUUUUUUUUCCAACAAUAAAAGGGAUAUUUUUUAAGUAAGGACUGAGUGCCAUGGAAUUGGGAAUUAUUUUGAUGUAAGAACCUUCAGCAGGAUGUCGUUAAAAUACUCUUUUGAUAGAAUUUGUUAGGAUGGAUGUCUACACUCCACAUGAUGGGAAAACUGCAACGUUCAUUACUCUGCUGUUUAUAUCCUGUGGCUCUAAUUUCAUCAUUUGUUUUUGCUGCUUAAUUUAUUCUGUUGUAACUAAUUGUCUAAUUAUGUUUUGACUGGAAAAAUAUGUUUAGAACAGUUUUUGAAAAAAAGUUUCUUUUUCAUUUUUGUGAAAAUAUGUAAAACUGUGUGCUGCAGUGUACGAAGAUGAAUAAACACUGGAAACUAAAUUA